AUGUCUAUGACUGCUUCAACAGAUGAGCAGUUUCGCUGGAACUCCCAAGAUGGACAAAAGGAUAUUGAAGAUGAGCUGACCACAGGUUUGGAGUUGGUUGAUUCCUGCAUUCGCUCCCUUCAGGAAUCAGGAAUUCUUGACAGCGGAGACCGACCAGCUCUUCUUUCCCAGAGUUCCUUGCAGCUCAACUCCACCCCGGAGGCUUCGCUCCAGUACUCUGCCAGCUACCAUAGCAACCAGACCCUCGCCCUUAGCGACAGCAUCUCUGCAGCAACUCCUCAGCGCAGCGGGCAGGUUGGAGGAGCCGUGCACAGCUACAAUCAGGUGACAUCCAGUCGUGCCGCCCAGCAGCAACAAUCACAAUCUGGGGCAGGGUCAGGUAUCUACUACUCCAGCUCCACCUUACCCUCCCAACGUGUCAGUUCCCCUCUGUCUGGAGGAGGAGGCUCAGGGUCCGGUUCCCCAAGUAAACACCAACGCUUGGGAUCAGCCUCUGACACACAAGGGUACUCUACCACUCAACGCCUGCCUUCAUCUUCCUCCUCCUCUCCCAGCAAACAGUCUCCUGCAAAUCGACUUGCAAAAUCAUACAGUACUACCGUUGCUGUGACAACAGGAGGAGGGGGUGGUUCUCCCCUAAGGAUAGCAUCUCCACCCAACUCAACGGCAACAGGAGGAGGGGCCAGUUCAUCAUCAUCCCCUCUUCACCAGAUGAGUUCAGGCAUAGGGAGCUAUGCCACACUGUCUCCCAAACGACUGGCAGCUCACCACGCCUCUGACCAGUACAAGAUCUCCCACGAGCUUUACGCUACCGCUACAUUGCAGAGGCCUGGAAGUCUUGCAGGUUCCCGUGGCUCCUACAGUAGUCAGCACAGUCAAGAACCCCUUCGACCCUUGGGGUCCCCAGAGCGCCACAUAGAUCCCAUCUAUGAGGAGCGUGUCUACCACAACAAGGGCCCCAUGAGGAGCCUUAGUCAGAGCCAGGGACCAGACACAGGCCCCUAUCGUAACAACACAGCACCCUCCUCCCCUGGUGUCGACUCCGCCCCUUUGCAGCGCACAGGAAGUCACGGCACAGGGUCAGGAAGCUACAGCCGUGGCGGAACCAACAACUAUGCUACAGUGGGGCCCGGAUACACCUCAAGCGGAGGUGGUGGAGAUGUAUAUGGCUCAGAUCCUUACGUGGCGGAUCCCUACCGUACCCUGCAAUACUGUCCAUCUGUGGUGGAAUCUCCCUACAGCAAGUCUGGACCGGCCUUGCCGCCUGAAGGCACCUUGCAGCGUUCACCUUCCAUCGACUCUAUUCAAAAAGACCCAAGAGAGUUUGGGUGGAGAGAUCCGGAGCUGCCAGAGGUGAUCCAGAUGUUACAGCACCAGUUCCCGUCGGUGCAAUCCAAUGCUGCAGCCUACCUACAGCAUCUUUGCUUCGGAGACAACAAGAUCAAAGCUGAGAUCCGCAGACAGGGAGGCAUCCAGCUGCUGGUUGAUCUGCUGGACCACAGGAUGAGUGAAGUUCAUCGUAGUGCCUGUGGAGCCCUGAGAAAUCUGGUUUAUGGCAAGGCCAACGAUGAAAACAAGGUGACCCUGAAGAACUGUGGUGGGAUUCCUGCUUUGGUCCGCCUGCUGAGGAAGACUGGAGAUGUGGAAAUCAGAGAGCUGGUCACAGGUGUGCUUUGGAACCUGUCAUCAUGCGAUGCACUAAAGAUGCCGAUAAUCCAGGAUGCCCUGGCUGUUCUGACUAACAGCGUCAUCAUACCCCACUCUAACUGGGACUCCUCUCCCAAUCACCACGAUGACCGCAAGCUCCACCUCCACACCUCCCAGGUGUUGCGCAACGCUACAGGAUGUCUCAGGAAUGUAAGCUCAGCAGGUGAGGAGGCGAGACGAAGGAUGAGGGAGUGUGACGGCCUGACAGAUGCUCUUCUCUACGUUAUCCAGACCUCUCUGGGCAGCAGCGAGAUCGACAGCAAGACUGUGGAGAACUGUGUUUGUAUCCUGAGGAACCUGUCAUACCGACUGGCUGCCGAGACAUCCCAAGGCCAACAAGGGGGUUUGGAAGAGCUUGACGGCCUACUUUGUGAUGCCAACGGCCAUGAGGGAGAGAGCUCUGGCUGCUGGGGCAAGAAGAAGAAGAAAAAGAAGGGAGCUGAGCAGUGGGAUGGGGUGGGCCCCUUUCCAGAGACGGCAGAGCCUCCAAAAGGGGUUCAGAUGUUGUGGCAUCCCACCAUUGUCAAGCCUUACCUUACCCUGCUUUCAGAAUGCUCAAAUCCCGACACUCUGGAGGGGGCAGCUGGGGCUCUGCAGAACCUGGCUGCAGGCAGCUGGAAGUGGUCGGUGUACAUUCGGGUCGCUGUACGUAAGGAGAAAGGUCUUCCUAUCCUGGUAGAGUUGCUGAGGAUAGACAACGACAAAGUGGUGUGUGCUGUUGCCACUGCUCUCAGAAAUAUGGCCCUGGACAUCAGGAACAAGGAGCUUAUUGGUAAAUAUGCCAUGAGAGAUCUGAUUCACCGGCUACCAGGCAGUAGUAGCAGCAGCAACAACAAUACCACCAGUACUGGGACUUCUGGCACUGCAGGCCCUCCUAGCAAGGCCAUGUCAGAUGAUACAGUAACUGCCAUCUGCUGUGCGCUACAUGAAGUAAUCACCAAGAAUAUGGAGAAUGCAAAAGCUCUACGUGAUGCUGGUGGCAUAGAAAAGCUAAUCGGCAUUGCCCGCAGCAAAGGAGACAAACAUUCGGCAAAAGUGGUAAAGGCAGCAUCGCAGGUCCUCAGCAGUAUGUGGCAGUACAGAGACCUGCGCUCGCUCUAUAAGAAGGAUGGUUACUCCCAGUAUCACUUUGUGGGUUCUGCCUCGACAAUAGAGAGAGACAGACAGAGGCCCUACUCAUCCUCACGAACUCCCUCUGUUUCUCCUGUCAGGACAUCUCCAAAUAACCGCUCUGCAAGCGCUCCAGCCUCCCCCAGAGAGAUGAUGAGUCUGAAGGAACGCAAGAUGGACUAUGAUUCCACGGCAACGAACCCAGGUUUCCAUAGCAACAAGGGAGAGCAUACAUCCCGGAAAGACGGCAUGGCAGUUCAAGUGUCAUGCGGGACCUCUACGUUGUUUCGAAACUCUUACCUGACCGCCAGCGAUGAUAUCAAGCAAAACCAGCAGAAUCCAGCCCAGCCCUGCAUUGUGCCCCCUCAGCCCCAGCAGGACAGCCCAUCAGCAGCCGUGCUAAAAGACUACGACCUCUACCCUCCCCCUCCUUCCUUCCCCCAGCCUCAGCCGCCACAGCCUCCACCUCAUAGCCAGAGCCGGAGCUUCGAUGAAGUAUACUACGAGGACCAGGGACCACAGCCUCCAUCAUCCCAGUCCCAGCCACAGGUCCAGGUGCAGUCCCAGCCUCAGGCCCAACCCCAGCAGCCUCCUAGCUCUACCGGACCACCUAGGGAUCCACGGGAAGACCUACGAAUGCAUCUGGGCCUCAAGUCCACUGGCAACUACGUAGACUUCUACUCAGCCUCUCGGCCAUAUAGCGAACUAAACUACGAGACCAGCCACUACCCAGCCUCACCUGAUUCCUGGGUCUAGCCUGACUAUACUGAUGGGGGGAGGGGCCAAAAGCGGGUCUGUGUGUGCUUGUGUGAAAGGGAUUAUUUUUUGCAAGAGAUUAAUAGCAGAUAAACUGUGACUGUAAGUGGCAUUUAGAAAAGGGAGCUUAAGAUUUGUGUUCUUCAAGGAAAUUGGGGGCGGAGCCAGAUGGGGUGAAGAAGUGAUGUCAGGUAGAGUGACAGAGACUGUGCAUGUGCAUGCGAACUUUCCCUUUUUUUAAAGACCACCUUAUUUCUUUAAAGUUAGCUCCAUUUCAUUUCUAAGUGGAGCUUGUGGGAGUAGAUACUUGGAAAUUUCUUUGACAGGGUGCUCAAGGAGUGGGAAAGGCAAUUUUAAGGAGGGAGUGUAUGCAGAUGCCUUGAGUGGAGAAAAGAAAAAGGGCCAAAAUAAAAUAAUGGGGAGCAGAUGAGGGAAAGCCCUCACUUUGUAAAAGCAGAAAGUGGCCUGACCUUAUGUUGCAGACAGAGAGAAGAAGAGAUGAGAGAUCAAGAUGGCAUUAAAGUUCUUGAGGAGGUCAGGAAGAAAAGAAGCACAGAGAAAGAUGAAAGCACACCAGGCACAAGGCUAGAAGUGGAUGUUUACCAUUUCACCAAAGUGACAAACGUAGCACUGCUUUUAUCCCACAUUUUUUUGUUGCAACGACUUUGCUGCCUCAAGAGGCUUCCGAAUUUGUUUUCAAGGAAUGUCAUCUUCAAGAGACUUCUUUAAGUCAUUCUUUACCAUUUUUUUAUUUGUACUUUUUCUAAAUGUUCACUUUUAAACCUUUUUUUUUCUGUAUCUAGUUAAAGGGUGAUAUAGUGUGUAUAUUACACGUUUUUGAUGGGCUGCUUAUAAAAACCCUGAUUUAUUUUUCAUUACUGACUACUGAUGGAAAAAACAAAACCAUAAAAAAGUCAAACAUGAAUAUAAAAGUCAGAAAAAAAACACAGACAUAAUCAGACUGACUAGAUGUCAGUGGACACUUUUGUUUUUGCCCCCUUUCCCAGCCAGAGAGGAAGCCCGACAAUAUUUGUGUUUUUUCCUUGUCCAUCAAGUGAAUUUCGGGGUUGUUAUAAAUCAGAUGCCAAGAGUAGCAUAAAGCUGCAAGAGCAUCAGGUUGCCAGAGCAGCAUCACUCCUGAGCCCCAAGUCAAGGAAAGUGCUUUUUCACUGCCUAAAGGAUAUACAUGUAUGUUUAAAGCACACUCUCUGUCUUUGGAAAGGGUUAUCAAGAUACUUCUGGGGAUCUGAUGUGUUUGACAGUGUCAACAUUCAGUGGUUUGCCAUGAUUACUUUUGCAUCGUAACUUGUCUAUUCAGCAAAAUCCACCAUGAAUAUUGUACAUUGUACAGUAGAGAUAAAGACAAAGACAUUGUGCCAAACUUUGACACAUCAAGGACCAGUCCUAGAGGACUUUAAGGGGAACUUUUUGUCGAAGUUUACAGACAAUGACCUGAUGACUCCCUCUGCUGUUUGUAAUGUUUAUUUUAUUGUGUUUUAAUCAGGUGAAGCCGUAUGUAAUGCUGGGGAUCACUGGUACCCUCCCUACCCCCCAUAUAGAUGUACAGACCUGCCUCUCUGUGUUGGCCGAGCAUUUGUGGAUGUGUGUGUGUGGACGUGUGUUUGCGUGUAUGUGCAUGUAUGUGAUAGAAUGUGUGGCCUGUGUGUGUGCGCAUAAAUUUGAGUGAGUGUAUCUUUGCAUGCAUGUGAGUAUUUGUGUGUAUGCCUCUGUUGCGUGUAUGUGCGUGACUGCUAAAUCAAUGUCCAAAAAAGGCAUUCCUACUGACAGUUUGUCCGGUUUUACAACAUGAAAAUAAAUAAGUACGUAAGUAAAAAUAACUAGAAUGAAUUGUUGAUAUAGAGCAACAAAUUAUAAAUACAUUAAUAUAAAUAUGAAUAUAUAAUUAUAUAUAUAAAUAUAUACAUAUAUAAUUUUUAUGUGCUGAUGUCAGUGUCACUAAAUGCAACAAAUGUUUCAGAGAAAAAAAAAUGAUUAUGUGGUGUAUAACAGGACUCUUGUUCACUUGAUUCAAACAUUGAAACUGUUGAUUGGGAUCCCCCCCCCCCUCACCACCACCACAAUCAAGACAAAACAGAAGUCCCACCUGAAAAUGCUCAGGCUCUGGUGCGAGUUGUGUGUUAUUGUGUGUCCAUGCUUCUUAGAUGACCCUGCUGAGAGAGGACCGUACUUGAACACAAGAAAAAAAAAUAAAAAACUCUUUGCAAUCAAACUUUA